AUGACUUCACGUGUGCUGCUUUACUGGCCCAAUGUGAUCGGAUACGUGAGGAUCUGUCUUCUGUUCGGAGCCUGGGCUUUUUAUGAAUCACCAUCUGCUUUUCUCCCUCUUUACUCGUCCUCCAUUCUGCUCGAUGCGGUGGAUGGUUGGGUGGCACGGCGGUUGCAGCAGGUCUCUCGCUUCGGUGCGUGGCUCGAUGUCGUCAUUGACAAUCUGAGCCGAGGGAUGAUCUGGACUCAAGUCUGUCAGGUGGGCUGGCUGGUCUCGUCUCUGGAGUGGUGUGUGUUCGUUUGUAACCACAGCUCGAGAGGAGAGCACUGGAAGAACAGCUUCAGCUCCAGCCCCAGGAUCAUCCAGACCAUCAUGUCCAACGGGUUCCGCUCUCCUCUCGGUCUCCUCGUGGUCUCUGGUCUUCAUCUUCUCCCUCUCUGGUUUUAUUGCCUUCAGCUCCAUGUGUUUCAGCCUCAGUUCUGGAUCCAGCUUCAGGUCUCUGGUCUCCUGCUGCUUGGACGAGGGCUCGCCUGUCUCGCUGAGGUUUGGUGCAUCUGGACUCACAUCACAUUUCUCACCAAAGAUGAAGAAAAGAUGUAA